AUGUACAAGAUAUUCGAAUUGGACAAGGAAAUCAACCCGAACUCCGAUAUAAACCUAGAUUUGAGGUUGGGCGAGUAUGAACCGUAUGAUGGUGAUUACGAUGACAUGCUCGAGGAAAUCAAGGGUUCGUUCGUAGCCGUGCGCGGGUAUAACCGGUUGCAACACGCGCGGGACCGGGCAGCAUCCUACGAGGUCGACGUCUCGGGCAUCGAAUUGUACGGAAGAAAUCUAGAGAACGAGAUCUAUAAACGCGUGGCCAUGCAUGCAGCGAAACUCAAGCGGCGGCUCCCGCCUGUGUUGGCUGCGGUCUGGGCCGAGCGGUACUGUGAAUCUGAAGAUGACCGCCCGCCUUAG